CAUUUCAUGACAAAUACAACGUUGUGUUUUUGGAUCGGUUUAAAUCAUUGAGGAAGAUAUCUAUUGCAUGGUCAGCUAUGUAUACAGUUUCCCAGUGUGCUAUAUAUAUGUAUUUGUCAUUAUUGGGUUUUUCCAACUUUACAGUUUUUCUGUUGAUUGAAAUAUUGUUGUUGAAAUUAUCAUUGCAGGACAAUACUAUAAAGCAUGGAGACUGUAGAACAGGGAAUUCAAUAUUUUCAGGACCAUACACAAAGAGUGUUUGAACAUAUCGAGAAACAAGCACUUCGAGUCGGUGCAAAAUGUGAUAAAUAUAUGGACAAUGAUUCACCAAGAAAGAAAUAUCUGUGUGAAGUAUUGCUGAGGGUUCCAUUAUUUUUCAUAAUUCACCAAUGGCUACUUUUUAGUCCAUAUUCUUAUUACUGGAUUAUUGAACUAUUCCUCUUUGUCGUUCGGUAUGGAGUCGCUUUCCUUCUGGUUGGAACAUGGGCGUUGAACAUCGGUGUCCUCUUACAAGUUUAUACCAUUCUUACAUUCGAUUUGGCCAUAUCAUGGCUGACAAGAAUAAAUUAUUGGACACACCAGGACGGGGUGCAUGGUUUAUGCCAUGAAAAGAAUGUUCUAGUUUGGACUGAUGUGACAGAACAAUGGAGAGUACCUGCGCUGUGUUCCAGCCUGCUGCAAUUUGUCUACCUUUGUUAUAGACCUGGAGCGUUCGUACACAGAGAAAAAAAGCAUGUAACCAUCUGGAUUUAUGUCGCAUUGCUUGCCACACUGGUUCCUAACAUUCUAAGUGUAUCAAAUAUAUUUCCUUCCCUGAUGUCAGAACUCUCAUAUUGGAUAGAAAUUAUAUUAUUCAUCAUAGUGUUUGUAUUAGAAGUUGUUUCCAAUAUGGAUGUAGAUGCUAAAGUUGAUGAAAAGAAAUUAAUGCUACUAACUGCAAAACAUACACUGGCAAAUGAUGAGCAGACAAAACUAGAAUACAGAACUAGAAUACAAGAUCUACGACGACGUAUAGAAAAACGGAAUCAGGGUAGUAACUUCGUUGAACGUUUCCCAGUUGCCUUACUUUUGGUUGGAACAUGGACGUUCAACAACGGAGUCCUUCUGCAGCUCUACACAAGUCUUACAUUCGAUAUCGCCAUCAUGUGGUUGAAAAGAAUGGAUUAUUGGACUCGCGAAGAAGAGGCAUCCAGAAUUAGCCAGGGAAAAAUGCCUGAUUUCACAGAACGUUGGAGGACACCAGCGGUGUAUUCCAUUCUACUUCAAAUUGUCUACAUAUGCUACAGGCCAGGAGCGUUCAUACACAAGCAGAAAAAGCAUGUUACCGCGUGGAUUUAUAUUCCAUUGCUUGUCACACUGGUUCCCAAUAUUUUAAGCGCACUCAGCAUAUUUACUUCAGGCAUGUCAGAACUUUCAUAUUGGAUAGAAAGUACAUUAUUAACUGCAGUAUUUGUUUCUGAAAUUCUUUCAAACGCAGAUGUAGAUCUCAGAGUUGAUAAAAAGAAAUUGAGGACGCUUACAACAGAUGAGCACACGAAGCUUAAAUACAACAACAGAAUUCAAGAUUUACAACGACGAAUAGAUAAACGAUCCCAGAGCGGUAGCUACGCGGACCGUUUUCCUGACACUUGGUUCAUUCGAGAUACAAUGCUGGCCUUCGGAGCUUUUUAUUUUUUUCUGACUCUCCUGAUCGAAAUAACUAUCUAUCAAAGACAAAUAGGUUUUAUGCUGACAUUAGAUACCUUUCUUGAAGUGUCUACAAUAUGGUGCACUACCAAUGUCGUUGUCAUUUUUAUAUCGUACGGACUUGGAUUUAUAUCUAAUCUAAAUAUUGCUCUGUGUCAUAUGUUUCUUACCACCGAAAUAAAUAUAAUCGAAGCUAUCGAUGCUAACAGUGGUGGUUUUGUACAAGUUUCUGCGCUUAUAGCAUUUACCGAAGCAAACAUUUUGUCUUUAGAGUACACUGAAAAAUCAGAAGCUAUAACAAUGGUAGUUUUCCUUGCCGUCUACGCUAUAAUCUUUCAAACACUUGACGUUCUACAGGAAAAAAUCCUGAAUGCAGUUUACAGUGGAAUUUCUCCCGGUGUACUAUUCUAUCUACGAGUCGGAAUUUUGUCAGGACUUCUUGUGACUGCUCCAACUUUCUCCACAUUUAUUGUUUCUAAACAUUUAGACAUUAACCCCUGGCUUUUCUUUCUUGCAUCUGGAAAUUGUACUUUAAUUCUCCGAGCCAUAUUUAUGUUAGUAGAAUGUGUUCUUGUAUGCCUUACCUGGUACACUGCACGACACCUAAGUAAAUUAGAGGGAGCAAUACAUUACACGCGAUUAUCAAAGGGCCUGUGCAUUGUGAUACUUAAUACGGCACAGAGUUACGGGAGAUACAUAUGUCCGUUUUUUAAAGGUUGGUGGUUUGUAAGACUGUGCUUAGCUAUAUUCCGUUCAGGUCUGGUUUGUUUUACUCUUGGAAGGAAUGAAGUAACCAGGUUCAAAAACAGAAACAAGAUGGUAACUCUUCUAAACAAACUACCGGAUGAGACAUUUCAGUCUCAUUUAACUUCAGACAAUGGUGAGGAAGAGUCAAACGAGUGCGCAAUUUGUUACAAUGUGAUGACGGAAGGAAAAACCUUACCUUGCAAACACACUUUCCACAAGGACUGCCUAAGACGCUGGUUCCAAGUUAGAGUUGUUUGUCCGUUCUUGCAUACCAGACGGGGAUUUCCGGUAUUUUUACCGGUGUGA